AAUAAAGAGCCCCAUCUCCCGCACCCAACUCAUCUUCUGCUUUCCGUCCAAAUCAUUCUCUACUGUCUUCCUCUGCUUCUCCAUAAACCAACGAAACCCACCAAGACAAACAAACUCCUCCCCCUCCCAGCAACUGUUACGCGUCCUUCUUCCAGUACCACAUGUUGCCACCCCACCACCGCACUCUGUUUCUGUAGAAUUCAUUCCAUUUAAAAGUCAAAUCUUUUUGACGAUCAUCCUAGUUAGUCUGUGUCUCUUCUCUCUUCUCUCCGCUCUGCUCUGUUUCAUGGGUGCCGAUUUAUCUGUUUUGUUCUCAAGCCUAACUGGGCUGGAUUGUUCCAAUGGGUCUGAUGGGUAUUUGUGUUUGCAAUCGCGACCCAGUUUGGGGGACUUACCAGAGAGCUGCGUGGCUUUGGUUCUGAGCUACUUGGACCCGCCUGAGAUCUGCAAAUUGGCGAGACUGAAUCGUGCUUUUCGUGGGGCGUCGUGGGCAGAUUUUGUGUGGGAAUCGAAGUUGCCGUCGAAUUAUCAAGUUCUUUUUCGGAAAGUGUUCGGCGAGUUGCCGGGGGAUUUGGGUAAGCGAGGGAUUUACGAGAGGCUUUGCCAGGCUAGUACUUUCGAUGGCGGUACUAAGAAGGUUUGGCUGCAUAAAAGUACCGGUGGUGUUUGUUUGUCCAUUUCUCCUAAGGGGUUGGCAAUCACUGGGAUUGAUGAUCGAAGAUAUUGGAAUCACAUCCCAACUGAAGAAUCUAGAUUCUGCACUGUCGCCUACCUCCAGCAAAUUUGGUGGUUUGAAGUUGAUGGAGAGGUGGAGUUCCCAUUUCCGAUGGGGACAUAUAGCCUAUUCUUCAGGUUGCACUUAGGAAGGGCAUACAAGAGGUUUGGUCGCCGAAUCUGUAAUACUGAGCAUGUUCACGGAUGGGACAUAAAGCCAGUGCAGUUUCAGCUAUGGACUUCGGAUGGUCAGCAUGCGGCAUCAAAGUGCAUUUUGAGUGAAACCGGAAAAUGGAACUACUACCACGUUGGCGAUUUUGUUGUAGAUAACUCCAACGCACCAACCAAAAUCAAAUUCUCUAUGACCCAGAUUGAUUGCACGCAUACCAAAGGUGGUCUCUGUUUAGAUUCUGUAUUUAUAUACCCAAGUAAAUUUAGGGAGAGGUUUAAGCGUUUUUGAGUUAACCUCUGUAGGUAGGAAGUUCUGUACGAUAAACAGGUAGGGAUAAGAGAGUUCUACAAGUUUUAAAUGAUUUUCGAAGCCUAUCACUUGUACCUUAGCUAGGAAAUGUGUAUGUGUAUGUGCUCUCUUGGUUUAAUCAGAGUAUGGAAAUGUGCACUUUCAUCUCCUGAAAAAAGGUUUUAGCAUGUAAUUUUGGGUGAUAAAUGCUAGUUGAUGUC